AAAUUCCAGAAUGGAUGUGGCAAGCGGAGGAGGAAGGCGGCCACCCAGGAAUUCGGUGGCAUUUUGGCUUCUCGGAUUAUGCAAUAACUUCGCCUACGUAGUAAUGCUCAGUGCUGCCAAAGAUAUUCUCGAAAAAGAUGCAAAACAUAUCGAAAAACCGUGUCGAGAACAUGUAACAACACGAGAAUGUCAAAUGAUGUCAACUGGAUCUGUUCUUCUUGCUGACAUAAUUCCAGCACUUUUGAUCAAAAUCACAGCUCCCAUGUUCAUUCAUCGGGUACCGUUUGGAAUUCGUCACUCAAUCGUCGUAUUACUUCAAGCAUCAAGUUUUCUGAUUGUUGGAAUUAGUGAUUCAACAGCUUUGGCACUUUUCGGAGUUGUGCUGGCAAGUUUCGGUAGUGGUCUCGGAGAGAUUUCAUAUCUGGCAUUGAGUUCAAAUUACCCAUCAACUGUCGUCGCGUCGUGGUCUUCUGGAACUGGCGGAGCAGGUCUUAUCGGAGCAUCUGCAUAUGCUUUGCUCACCGAUUCGAAACUUCUCGCAAUUUCACCAAAACACACAAUGUUCAUAAUGCUCACACUUCCGGCACUCUUUUCGGUUUCUUAUUGGUCGAUUCUCAAAAUUCCACACAGUGUCCAACGAGCACACUUUCUUCAACCAUCCACGUGGCUAGUCACCGGAGAUUUCAUUCCGGCAGAUGAUAUGAGAAGAGAAGAAGUUGAGGAAGAAGAAGGACUUUUAGGAAUACGGGAAGAUCGGGAAAAUAGCGUUGAUGUGACUUCAAGAAGACGUCAAACUUCUACUACAUUGGAACGAGUGCUCCCGUUGCUCAAAUUUAUGAUUCCAUUGAUAUCAGUUUAUCUAGCAGAGUACUAUAUUAAUCAGGGAUUGUUGGAAUUGCUGGAAUUCGACUGUAGCCAUGGUUUUUCAAUGAGCUCAGAGAGCCAAUAUAGAUGGUUUCAAGUUACCUAUCAACUUGGAGUAUUUAUAUCUAGAUCUUCAUCAAACUACGUCACAAUUCCAACACAAUAUCUUAAAAGUCUAGCUGUUCUUCAGAUUUUCAAUGCUGGAUUCUUCACUAUAACUGCAAUCUACUCAUUUCUUCCUCAUAUUUUGAUCGCAUUUCUUGUAAUUCUUUUUGAAGGAUUACUUGGAGGAGCCAGUUAUGUUAACACGUUCCGUGCUGUUCAUAAAGAGAUUCCCGCCGAUUCCCGAGAAUUUUCGAUGGGCGUUGUCUCGAUUUCAGACACGAUUGGAAUCGUUUUUGCUGGUUUUCUUGCCAUGCCGGUUCAUAAUCGUAUUUGUUCAAUGCCAAUGUGAUAUAAUUAUUUUUAAAUUUUUUCUUGUAAAUUUACAUGUACAUAAAUAAAAUUCAGAAUCGUAAACUGCCAAACGAU